UGCACGCACCAAACUGGUCCCGAACGCGCCGCCAAUCGAGUGCGCGAGCCACCGCCGUCGUGAGUUUUUCCCGGAUAUGCGUUUUUCCGGCGAAGUGAGGGAAGAUUAACGUGCGUCACGUGUUUUUCAUCGAGAACGAGCUUUCGUCGCAAAAAGAAGAGAACGAAAGAAAAUUAAGAAUUUUGUUCAUGCCGAUAAGUCGAUGUCUCGUGUUUUAUCUCGCGCUGAUACCCGUCGUGUGUCUGGCCAAAGACGCACACAUCGUAAGCAAAUGGGCAGAUGACCUGGGCAACGAAUUGUGGAAACUCGCGAUCGAAAUAGGCCGACCCGACGAGUUGUUGGAAAAAUACAAGAGCAUGAACACCCGAGUUGAGGACAAGUCCGGAGAAAAGCUAGUUGAGAUAAUCAGCAAGAAUGUGAGUAGGAUGCUGCGCCGCAAGAUGGACGCGGUUACUUGCAUUCGGAUGGCGGCCGAGGAAGCCGCCGAGAACUGGGACACAUCUUUCGUCGAUUCGUUUUUUUUCAACAACUCCGCCAAGAGGUACAAUCCCAAGAGCAACUUCUCUUACACUUCCGGCAAAUGCAGCCCGGUAAACGGCGAACCGGCGGAGAACGACGUCUAUUGCGAGAGAGAAAAUAAUAGCACGUACAGAGAGAUGGAAUUGACUUCGGACUCGCAUUUCUACAACAUCCCGGUGAACACGAGCCACUCGUCGGUUCACAUACCGACCAACGUGUUCGAUCUCAAGCGAGAGGUGGUGGAGGAUAUCUUGAAAACCGAGCCGUUGGAUGACAUGUUUCGCAAGAAUUACGAAUCCGAUCCGGCGCUGUCGUGGCAGUACUUCGGCUCGGUAACCGGUAUGCUCAGACAAUAUCCCGCAAUGCAAUGGCGAACGCUCGAGAACGAGCAGAAAGAGCGAAUCGCCGAUUUGUACGACUGCAGGGUGCGCAGUUGGUUCAUCGAGGCGUCCACGUGCAGCAAGGAUAUGGUGAUACUGAUGGACGUUAGCGGCAGCAUGACCGGCAUGGGAAAGACGAUCGCGAAGACAACUGUGAACUCGAUUCUGGACACACUGUCGAACAACGACUUCGUCACUCUGCUCAAGUACGACACCAACACGACCGAUUUGGUGCCGUGUUUCAAGGACAUGUUAAUCCAAGCCACACCGGAGAAUAUAGAUACGUUCAAAAAGUCCAUGGACGACAUCGACAAGACGGAAGGCAUCGCCAAUGUUACGAAAGCUCUCAACAAGGCGUUCAGUCUGCUCAAGACUUAUCGGGAGACGCGCGGCUGCGACGCUGACACACCAUGCAAUCAGCUCAUUAUGCUCGUCACCGACGGCAUUCCCGGAAAUCUGAGUGAGGUCUUCAAAAAGUGGAACUGGAUGGAAAACGAUACGCACAUACCGGUGCGAGUGUUCCCGUAUCUUUUGGGCAAGGAAGUGUCGAAGGUAAGGGAGAUGAAGUGGAUGGGAUGCAAGAAUCGUGGUUACUUCAGACACGUGCGCACUCAGGAGGAGGUGCGCGAGCAAGUGCUCACGUAUAUUCCCAUAGUGGCGCGUCCUUUGGUGUUACAGGAGAAGGAACAUCCCAUCGUUUGGACGCACACUUACGCCGACAUAACGAAUCCGGCACUUGCCGCUUGGCUGUGGCUUGUGAUGGAGCACGGAGAACAAAAGUCACGUCUACAAAAAUAUCUAAAAGGAAAACGACUGGGCGUGCGAAUAAAUGAAGAUGCGAUCUACAUAAAGCAGUUGCACAAAGACGAGAAUAUCGAAGAAGAUCCGUCCCUUUUGAACACCACCGCCUGGCAGGAAUACAGACUGCUCACUUCCGUGAGCACGCCUGUAUUCGACCGCACGGGCAACCGCAACAAUAAGACACGCGUGGCGAAUCUGCUCGGCGUGGCCGGCACGGACGUGCCGAUCGACGACAUCCGCAAGCUCACGUUGCCGUACAAACUCGGUGUAAACGGGUACGCCUUCAUCGUGUCGAACAACGGCUAUGUGAUACUGCAUCCGGAUCUACGGCCGGUCUCAAAAGGCCAGCUUAAAUUGAACUACAACAGCAUCGACCUCACGGAGGUGGAGAUACUUGAUGACGGGCGCGGACCGAGAGAUGCGGGACCGGAGAUACUGGAGCUGAGAUCAGCGCUGGUCGAUCACAAGCAAGGUAGCAUGAGAGGGAUACCCGUCAAGUUACACUACGACGACAAUCGUCGAGUGAACCUCGAAAGACGUGAUUAUUUCUACGCGCCUCUGAACGGUACACCGUUCAGCCUCGCAGUAGUCAUACCUAAUUACGGAACCACCUGGAUUAAGGUCGGCGAUGAGAUCCGCCGAAUUCAGGACGUGAAGAUGAACAUAACAGAUUACUUCGCGGGCGAUCAUUGGCGCAUACAUCCGAGCUGGGUGUAUUGUCGCUAUCAUUACCUGGAGGGUCACCAGUUCGACAGUCCGGAGAACGAGUUACGUCACUUUUUGGCACUUAUAAGCCGACCCGGUUGGAACUGGUCCGAGCAGUACGAGGCCGAUCCGGACGAGGAAGUAAACUGCGGCAGACAAACACUCCAACGAGACGACUACUACUGCAACCGCGAGCUUAUGCAGUUAUUGGUGUUCGACGCCAAAGCGACGAAUGAUAGUUUCCGUGGCGAUUAUCUGAAUCUGCCGUACAAAACUCGGAAAUUGGCACAAGAAUACGGUGUUUUUAUACGAUUUAUCGCGACGCAGAGCGGUCUCACCAGGUGGCAUCAUCUUCACGCCACCGAGCUGCCGGACGAUGACGAUGGUAUUGUCUUCGGCGACCUUCACAGGCGAGCGGUGAACGAACCCUGGUACAAAGCCGCGAUUAUUCAAAAUGAUUCUGACACUAUCUCUUUAUCCGUUCCAUGGGAGGCUGGUUCGGAUGCGAUAAUCACGGUGUCUAUGAGCAUCUCGCCCAAAGACGGUGGCAAAAAGGCGGCGGCGGCCGUAGUAGGCUUCCAAAUGCCGAUGACGAGUCUGUACAAACGAUUUAUCGAACUGACCUCGAUGACAAACCCGACGUUGAAUUGUUCGAGGGAUUCGAUCGACUGCUAUCUGCUGGAUCAAAACGGUUACGUGGUGAUCUCCGAGGCGCACAAAGGAGAAACGGGACAAUUUAUGGGCACUCAAGAAGGCGCCAUCAUGGAGUCCAUGGUCGGCCAAGGUCUUUACAAUCCGGUGGAAAUCUACGAUUAUCAAGCUUGGUGCCACGAGAUUCGAAUUCGCAACGCCGCUAGCAUCAUAAUGGAGCCACUGCUAUACAUUACGAGAUUCUUGAUCUGGUUCCUGUUGCGAUUAGUGUGGCUCACGACGCAGUGCGUGAACUUGCCCGGUAUUUACGGCAAGGUUCACUUCGACGAGGACGCGCCCGAUCCACCGCCACCGCCGACCCCUUAUCUCUUUUACUAUCCUUGCGAUCAGAAACGAACGCUCUACAUGAUGAACAAUACCGUAGCCGCCAAAGGUAUCACCAAUCAUACCGAUUAUUGCUCGAGACCGUUCUACGCUCAGAAAGUGGCGCACACCAAUUUGUUAUUGCUCGUGGUUGACAGCAUGUAUUGGACGUGCUACAAGAGAUUAGAAGUAACUCCCGUGACUAUUUCGCCGUUCGAGUACACAAAUGGGACAGCCGACAAGCCUUGCCACAAGAUUCCAUUGAACGCUUUGAAGAGACGUAGACUUGAACAUUGCUUCACGGAACAUCCUUUGGAGUACGAGAUCGAUGAUUGCGGAAAAGCGUCCGGAUUGACAGUGUCCUUGUCGUUAAUGUGCAUCACUAUAGCUACGAUUUUACACACCUACGUAUAAUAGCAAAUUAAUUGUUCUUUGAUAUAUUGUCUGCUGUUUUGCACGA